AUGGCAACGACAGUGAAGCUCAACACCGGCGCACAGUGUCCUAUUUUGGGACUGGGGACCUGGAGGGUAAGUUUUGCUUGACUGUGUGGUCUGUUUCGAGUUUAUGCUUAACUUGUUAUGUAAGCUAAAGUUAGCUGCGUACUCCAGCAGAGGCCUUGCUUGGAGACUGUUACUUAAACGAAAUGCUGUUUAGUGACUUAACUCGGCGUGUUUGACUCUAAACCAACACAAACUCACACAGAAUUGCACAAAUAUAACACAAGUUGAGACAGUUUUCAGCUUAUGCUUUCAUUAGGGAGGUUUUUGGAACUACAGCUGUUGCAACUACAGGGCUCUCAAGUCUCAAGCAUUCAGCGUGUGACACACGCAUUCUCACACGCCACACAUGGUAUUUCUCACGCAUUUAAAUGACCAUGGUGAUGUCCCCCAAGUUGCACCUCUUUAACUAUGGAACAGAUAAGAAUCAAGUGAGUUCCUCCGAGAGUUCAGAAGCUGCGUGCCACGCACAAGCCAAUCAAAUAAAGUAUAUCUACUGUACAGCCAAUCAAAAAGCAGCAUUGCUGUAUCCGGGUAGAUUUUGAUUUGAUUUCGACAGACACUCCCCGAAAUAGAGCAGGUUUUUAUAAGGACGAGAUAGACCUGAUGAUUACAGUAAGUCAGUAACCUACACAUGCAGAGGCCUCAACACCUCAUGGCAUAUAAACUCAAAUGAUAAACUAACGCCCUAUGCUAUUGCUAUUAACAGCUGUAUUGAUGAAUUUAGCCUCUGUACAGCCAUUUCCAGCCAUUUCCCCCUCCACAAAGGAGCAUUUCUCAUAUAUUCUUUUUAAAGUUCUGAUACUCAUGACAGUGUAAUGCUGAUGUAUCAAAGGAUUAAGUAUCUCCAUGUUUGUGAAACCUAUACUAAAGUACAAUUCAUCUAAAUGCUCCACAGUGCUGAUUUUAACAACUCUCCUCCACAACAGGUAACUUUACGACUUUAUUCUUAUAUAUUAAUGACUUUAUUCUCCUAAAUGAUAACUUUAUUCUCGAAGAUUUAAAAACGUUUUUUUCUUAAUGUGGCCCUCAUACUCCGUUGUAUUUAAGAGAUUAUUAUACGUAUAAUUAUCUUCAAUCACUCAGAACUCUUAAAUGUUUUUUCAUGCUCAGGAUAGUUCAGUUGGCAAUAAAUAAUCAUAACCCAUCAUCACUGUGUGUUAGUCAACCCCAGGCGCAGUCAUAGAGGCGGUGAAAGCGGCCAUCUCGGCAGGUUACAGGCACAUCGAUGGAGCAUUUAUCUACCAGAAUGAGACAGAGGUGGGAGAGGGUGUCCGAGCCAUGAUCAAAGAAGGUGUGGUCAAAAGAGAGGAUCUUUUCAUGGUUAGCAAGGUGAGUUUAAGGUAAAACAUGCACACAUGAUUGUUUCUGUGACUGAAUGGUGCUUGAAUACAAGAUUCUUGGGUAUGAUGCCCAGUGUGUAAAUCUCUCUACCUUUCCUUUAGUUGUGGUGCACCUUCCAUGGGAAGUCCCUGGUGAGGCAAGCCUGUGAGAAGACUCUCAGUGAUCUUAAACUGGACUACCUAGAUCUCUAUCUUGUCCACUGGCCCAUGGGUUUCAAGGUUGGUGCACUAUUGUUUUGUCAACAAAAUGUAAAAUCGUAUAAGGGUGCAGUCUGUUUGUGGAUCCAUAGAAUUAGCUGUGUAUGACUUUCAUCCAGGAGUUGGACAUCAGAUCAGCUUAGAUGAAGCUUGAUGGCUUUUUUUUGUCAUGUUCAAGGCUGGCAAUGAAAUUUUUCCACCGGUUGAUGCUGGAGAAAUAAUCAGCGAUGGUACUUCCUUCCUGGAGACCUGGGAGGUGAGUCAAAUUUAGGCAUUUAGGAAUAAGAUUUAAACUUGUAGUAAACAUUGAAGUUUCUAGGGACCAAGGGAAGGCAUGUGGACAAAGGAGAAAUCUGAAGGACUCCCCAAUGGACACAUCUUUCAGGCUCAUCUCAGCCUUGUCUGAAUGGAUCAACAGCAGCCAAAUGUCUCCUUGAGAGUUGUUUGUCCUAUGACAGCUUUCAAAACAAGGACCGUUUUAAGCUUUAAUAUCUUAUUUUCAGACUUUAACUGUCAGAUGAAAAGGAAGAAGUACUUAAAGUUGGAGGUUGGGUGUGCUAACCGUGUUUUUUUCCUUUUUGUUUUAUUGAUGAUAUUUCUCAGGGAAUGGAGGAGCUUGUGGAUGCAGGUUUGGUCAAAGCAAUCGGAGUCUCCAACUUCAACAAGGCACAGCUGGAAGCCAUUCUCAACAAGCCCGGCCUCAAAUACAAACCUGCUAAUAACCAGGUACGCAAGGUGAUCCACUUUUACAACACACUUUUCAGUACCUGUUAUUUGGACUCUCAGAAUAUCAGGCCCACAGACUUUUAAUCCACCCAAGUUAAAAUAGAACCACACUUGUUAUCUAUGAACAAUAGGGACCACAUGUAAACUUACAUACGCUGCUUUUAUGAUUGUGUAUGUUAGAAAACGGACACACUUGUGGUUCCUAAAGGGCAAAAAGCCAUAAUGGCAUUAUCUGUCUCAUCCAAUCAGGUCUGAGGAGUAAAUGUCUUGUUUCAUCUAAAUAAACCACAUGAGUGUCCCCUCAGGCCAGACCAUUAAGAGGAGGUGACCUUCUUUUUUGUGUUUUUCCAGAACAAUUGUUCCCCAUCAAUGUCUUAUUUAGCUUGUUCCCUGGGUAUAUCUCAUUACAGCACCAUUAUCCAUCUGUUCACUGUCACUAUUCUUACCAAAUACAGAACUGAAGACUCUUAUAGAAAAGAAACCCCCCUUUAUAAGAUAAUGUUAAAGACGUACGGUCUGUUUUUUUAGGCUUAUGUCAUAUAAAAGCCACAAAUAUGAUUUCUAUGGUUUUUAACUUUUCAAAGUUGACUCAUAAGACUUCAUUUUUGAAAAUGUUUGAAGGUUUGUGUUCAUGCCCCAUCUGCAGUGACGUAAGAAAUGUCUAUUAGCUGACAGAGAGCGUCUCAGAUGUGAUUAAGGGUUGAGGUGUGAGAGCAUAUUAAUAGGAGCUGUGUUUGAGUAUGUUUCAGCUGCAACGACGUCACCAAAGCACUUGGGUUAUUACUUCCUGAUUAAAAAUGGUGCAUAAUCAGGAUGUUAUAUAUUUCCAUAAAUGAUGAUCCAAUCAUACAAAACUUAGAGCAGAAGAGAAGCUCACUCGCAUCUCUUUGACAAAUGCAUGCAGGCUGACAUUGAGUUACUAUGGUAACAGGGACAUGCUGUGUCUGUCACUCUGACACUGUUAACACUACGUUUGCAUCAGAAAUGGUAGAAUUCAAAUAAACAAAGUUCUGAGAUUGGGCAGUAAUUCAGGUUUUUGGAUACAAAACUACACCUACUGUGGUGUCAAGAUAUAUUUAUAUAGACAUAUUAGAUAUGUAAACAAAUAGGGCUAUAUAAAUUAAACUGUGCUGUAAUUGUGCAUUAAAAAUACUUGGAAAAUCCUCUGAGGGCCCAUAGUGGCAUCAGUAAUCUUCCAUUUAUUUAACCAACAGUCCAAAACUCAAAUGAUCCUCAUGUUACUUUUAAAAGGGCAAAUAAAAAAUUGAUAUUUCUCACUUUAGUAGCACUGUUUUUUUUUAAUGAUGUGCUGAUUCUGGUGAUCCUACUUGGUGAAAUUGGUUGUGUUUUCUGGAAAACUGCAAUUUCCAUGAGCUCAUACACACUGUGCACACCUUUUUUAUCCUGAAAAGGCUGUUAGGAAUUCAGAGCACAGGCUGAAACAUGAAACUCUGUUACUGAACAAAACCCUGUUUGUGGACUCCAGCCAUUUUUUACUUCCUUUUUUAUUAUUAUUUUUCUGCACUGCAGCUCAGUUGUGUGUUUGUCCCAUCAGGUUGAGUGCCACCCAUACCUGACCCAGGAUAAGCUGAUUGACUUCUGCCACUCUCAGGGCAUCUCAGUGACAGCUUACAGUCCUCUGGGCUCCCCGGACAGACCCUGGUGAGCUUUUUCCUCACAUGACACGUUUUUAAAGAAGCUGUUUCACAAUGUUGCAGCAAAGUGGGUCAUAUUUGGUUAAAUGUUGACUCAGCAUUCUUCUGCAUGAUUUUUACAUGUACUCUUGUGGUUAGUUUCUUCUUGUGACUGCUGUUCCUCUUUCUCAAAGUGUUGUAUCCAUGUACGGUAGAAUUUGUCAUGAUGGACAUGGAGUAAUCAGCUGCUUUGAUAUUGAUUUUUCAGUUAUGGUCUUUUAAAGUGCUGUCACUGUUCUGAUGUUCAUGUCAGCUCUGUAACCCGCCUUGACGCUCUCUUUUUCAUGUUAUCUUGCAGGGCCAAACCUGAAGACCCCUCACUCCUGGAGGAUCCAAACAUUAAAGCCAUUGCUGAUAAACACAAGAAGACACCUGCGCAGGUACAGACUCUGAUCAAAUAAAGACGGCUUGUUUCUCUUUUCUCAUCCACUCUCAGUUGUAGCAUCGUAGGCAUCCACAAGAGAUAAUAAUGUGGAUGGUUUAAAUACCAGUGGCUGGAGUUACACCUGAAGUCAUGACCCCUGAGCGAGCUCACAUGUUAUUCUGCUCCCUUGCCAGGUCCUGAUCCGCUUCCACAUCCAAAGGAACGUGAUCGUGAUCCCCAAGUCCUCCACACCUCACCACAUUCAGGAGAACUUCCAGGUAAUUAGCUGAGAAAUUGUUCAGAUAUUUCCCCGGAUUAGCUCUCAGCUCCUUCAUUCACUUACACUGUUUUGCUCGUGCAUGAAAACUAUUCUCUUUUUUUUUAAUCCAUGCAGGUGUUUGACUUUGAACUGACUGAGGAGGAAAUGAAGACCAUAUUAGGGUUCAACAGGAACUGGAGAGUGUGUCCCAUGCAGUGGUGGGUUUGUUUGCUUUUGAGCCCUAAUUUUUGUCGAGUUUGUCACUUUUUGAUAACAUUGUUAUGCUCCUUCAUUCAUAUUCUCCCGCAGGAGCACAAAGCACAAGGACUAUCCAUUCAACGACGAGUACUGA